AUGUCCCGAUCCGCCGCAGACGCAACCCGGUUCACGGCCACAGGGCCCUACGCCAGCUCAAAGCCCAGCAGCAUACCUUACAAGCUCCCCGGGUCCUUAGCGGGCGAGUCCAAGCAGCAGAACAAUGGGUCUGGACCUGGGCCAGGGAACAGACAGGAGACGCCCAGGGAGAAGGUCGAGCGGCUGCGAGCACAGGCACGGGCGGCCCGGUUAGCGCAGUCGACCUCGCGGAUGGACACGGUGGUGGAAUUCGGAAGAUGGUUCGCGAACAAGGCGCAUAAGACCAUGGUCUACACGCUUAUCACCGCGUCCGGCAUCUGCGGCGUGCUCACUGUCUACUCUAUGGUCUCCCUUACGCUAUACAACCGUCGCCAACGCGCCCUGUGGAUCGAGAAGGAAUUGCAAACACUCCACGAUGCCCAGGCGGCAUUUGUGGCCGGAACCGCAACGUCAGAGCAAUUGGAGAUUUUGAAGAAGGAGAAGAUCGGCGAAAUCUACCAGCAGAAAAAGGAAGAGGAGAGGGCUCAACGGCCAUGGAACAAAGUCAAGGCAUACAUGCUAGGCGGAUUGAAGAACGAGGAGGCUCCCUCACCAGAAGCCGCCACGCCAAGUGCGGAAAGCAAUAAGCCUAAGGUCCUAGACGCCAUCAAGGCCGCUGAAUCCAAGCUGGAACAUGCUCCCUCAACUGCUGCUGCCCCUGGACAGCUGGAUGUUCUUGCUGAGAACGCAGAGACAGCUGCCAAGCAGACAACAAAAAGCUGGAAGAGCUGGCUCACCGGUCGGUGA